ACACUAGUUGAUUAUUUAACAGGUGAAAACAUGGUCUUUUACCUGAUUGGUCUUGGGUUAGGAAACCCUGAAGAUGUAACUGUAAAAGGUUUAAAAGCGAUCAAAUCUGCAGAUCGUGUUUAUUUAGAAGCAUAUACUUCAAUAUUGACUUGUGGGAAAAGUGCAUUGGAAGAAUUUUACGGACGAUCAAUUAUUCUUGCCGAUCGUGACAUGGUGGAACAAAACUCCAAUGAAUUGUUGAGAGAUGCUAAGAAACAGAAUGUUGUUUUCUUGGUUGUGGGGGACCCAUUUGGAGCAACUACACAUAGCGAUCUAGUUCUAAGAGCACUUGAACAAGAAAUUCCCUACAAGGUUAUACACAAUGCAUCAAUAAUGAACGCAGUUGGUUGCUGUGGCCUUCAGCUGUACAACUUUGGAGAAACAGUUUCAAUAGUUUUCUGGACUGACACUUGGAAACCAUCUAGCUUCUGUGACAAAAUCAAUGAGAAUUUAAAACGUGGAAUGCACACGCUGUGUCUGCUUGAUAUUAAGGUGAAAGAACAAUCUAUUGAAAACUUAAUGAGAGGGAAAAAAGUUUAUGAACCACCACGAUAUAUGACCAGUAACCUUGCAUGCCAACAGUUGCUGGAAGUUGUAGAAGAUAAACAAAGUGAAUCCGAAAACAGUGUUUUGACCAAAGAAACUAUGUGUGUAUCUUUGGCAUGUGUUGGAUCCGAUGAACAAAAGAUAGUUGCAGCACCACUUAAUCAACUUGUAAACUGUGAGCUGGGGCCAGUUCUCCAUUCUCUUAUCAUUACUGGGACAUUACAUCCAUUAGAAUAUGAUUUUUUAAAGCAAUUUUUACCCAAACCGAAAUGAAGGAAAAUUUUGUAUAAUCUGUACUGUUCUAUACAAUGAAAGCCAUAGUAACACAGCAAAGGCUAGGGUUGCCAAAUGGCAAUUGGUGUGGCAGCUAUUAUGCUACCAUUUUGAAGAUCUUUUUUUACCAUUGUUUUUAUCCAAUGAAA